CUUCUUCUCUGCUCACAAAAAGCUCAACAAUUGAAAUAAAAACCCAACGAGAUUUCUUUAAAUUCUUGUUCUUUCAUUAGUUUCCCUCUUCGUAAACAACAACAAAGGAGAGAUUCAUUAUGUGUUCUCUUCUAAAUCACUGAGAAAGAAGAACCUAUUCCACGAAAUGGGUGAAGCAUCAGUGAAGGAAUCAAUAUCUUCUUUAAUCUCACUCUCUCACUCAAUCAAAUCCUUCACCGUGAAAUGGCAAUUGAUACGAAGCAAGCUCGAAGAACUCUACUCUGGAAUCACUUCCUUCGAGAAUCUAAAUUCCGACUUCGACCCAUCUCUCUCCACCUUGAUUAACGCCAUUCUAGAUUCUCUCAAAGAGUGUCACGAUCUCGCUUCACGAUGCUUGGAUGUCUCGUUUAGCGGGAAGCUCUUGAUGCAGAGUGAUUUAGAUGUUAUGUCUGGGAAAUUCGAACGCCAUGUGAGGAAUCUUUCUCGGAUUUACUCUGCUGAGAUUCUCAGACAUGGGUUCGCGAUUGUUGUCUCGAAGCCUAGUGAUAAAGCUUGUAGAGAUGAUAUGAGGUUUUACGUUAGGGAUUUGUUGACAAGGAUGAAGAUUGGGGAUGUGAAGAUGAAGAAGCAAGCUUUGGUUAAGUUGAAUGAAUCUAUGGAAGAAGAUCAUAGGUAUAUGAAGAUUGUUGUUGAUAUCAGCGACAUGGUUAAUGUUUUGAUUGAGUUUUUGGAUUCUGAGAUUGGGAUUCAAGAGGAGGCUUCUAAAGCUUUGUUUUUGAUAUCUGGGUUUGAUUCGUAUAAGCCUGUUUUGAUUAGAUCUUGCGUGGUUGGUCCUCUGGUUAGGGUUUUGGAAAACGGAAACGUUGUUGGUAGAGAAGCGUCUGCAAGGUGUUUGAUGAAAUUAACUGAGAAUUCUGAGAAUGCUUGGUCUGUCUCUGCUCAUGGAGGAGUGGCUGCUUUGUUAAAGAUUUGUUCUUGUGGUGAAUUUGGUGGUGAAUUGAUUGCUAGCUCGUGUGGAGUGUUGAGAAAUCUAGUUGGUGUUGAAGAAAUCAAGAGGUAUAUGAUUGAAGAAGAUAUGGUUUCUACUUUUAUCAAGCUUAUAGGAUCCAGAGAUGAGAUUGUUCAGGUACAUUCUAUUGAUCUUUUGUCAAGUAUGUGUUCUAGAGAUGAAGAAAGCCGUGAGAUUUUUGUUAGAGGAGGAGGAAUCCAAGAACUUGUGCUUGUAUCAGAUCCCAAUUCGUUCUCCUCUUCCAAAGCUAAGGAAAUGGCAUUGAGGGCAAUUCAUAACUUGUGUUUUGGGUCAGUGAGUUACUUGAACGCAUUGUUGAGUAGCCGUUUCUUAGAUCAUUUGUUGUAUUUGCUAAGAAAUGGGGAGAUUUCUGUUCAAGAAUCCGCGUUAAAGGUUACAUCCAGACUUUGUAGUUUGCCAACGGAUGUUAAGAGGAUAAUGGGCGAUGCAGGUUUUAUCCCCGAGCUAGUUAGGUUCCUCGAUGCUAAAUCUUUACACGUCCGGGAAAUGGCGAGCGAGGCGCUGUAUUGCUUGAUCUCGGUCCCAAAGAACAGGAAGAAGUUCCUGCAGGAAGACUGUAACAUCAGCUACAUUCUUCAGUUGCUAGAUCAGGAAGAAAGGAUGAAUGAGAGAAGUGAUUUGGGUAACACGAAGUUCUUGAUCUUGAUAUUGAUGUCGUUAACGAGCUGCAACAGCGCGAGACGAAAGAUUUCGGCUUCUGGUUACUUGAAAAUCAUAGAGAAACUAGCUCAAAGAGAAGAUUCAGAUGCUAAGAAACUUGUGAAGAAGCUAUCUAGGAACAGAUUCCACACCAUACUUGGUGGUAUUUGGCAUUCCUAAAGAAAACGUUUUUUUUUCUUCUCUUUUUAUAAUUUUUUUUUUUACUUGUGAAGUUUUUGAGUGUAUAUUUAUUUACAGGUGUUUAUUUGUAGUUCUCUUCUGGCCUAUUAAUCCCAGUUUCAUGUAAUCUCCAAAAGUUAACUUAAAGUGUACAGCUUUACUACAUAACUAUAAUUUAAGUGAUAACACAGAUUCUUGAGAUUCUUCUAAGAAACUGCAGUGACGUUU